UAUCGCCGGUUGCUUCUGGGUCAUCUUCCUCUCCCACCAUCUGCCCUUUCACAUUUUCUAAUACCCGCCGCCUGCUGCAUCCGCCGAAGGCCUCUCUUCUCUUUCCGAAAGACGCUGAGAUCGUGAGGUUCUCUCGCUUCUUUGUAGCAGACCCUGCAUCGAACCAUGGUAGGAGCGCACGAUGGCUUACGUUGCGCCCAUCCACCGGCCUAACAGCGUUCGUCAUGCCCUGCGCAUCAGCCUACUCCCAGGUGAGGAUGAAUGCUUGAUUCUAGCCAAGACGAACCGCCUCGAGAUAUGGAAGUUGGAAGAAUCCGGCGGCUUGGUUCACACUGACACUAAGGCUGUCAAUGGCACCAUCUCCAUCCUCCAGAAGCUCAAACCCCGAGACUCCGAGACGGAACUGCUCUUCGUCGGGACGGACAGAUUCCACUACUUCACGAUCGGUUGGGAUGCCACGACCCAGCGGCUCGAGACCAUCGAUUCCUUCUUCGACAUACACGAGAAGCACAUGCGCGAUGUCCAGAGCCGGGAUAUGUGUGUGGUUGACCCCUCGGGGCGGUUCAUGGUGGUGAUCCUGUGGGAGGGCGUCCUCAACGUCCUGCGCAUGCACACCGUCAAGAGUAAGAGGCAGAACCUGCACUGGAUGGACCAGAUCCGGAUCUCCGAGCUAUUUAUCAAGUCCACCGCCUUCCUACACGUCGAGACCGGGCACCCCAAGAUAGCAUUCCUAUACCAGACCCGAACCGACGUCCCGGAUUCCCAUCUCGUAACCUACCGCCUGACAGCUGACGAUAGAAACACCGAGGUGUCCCGGUUUGAGGUUCGGGAUCAGGUUGAUCGCAUCCCCUUCCAAGACGCGGGCGCUGCCAUGUUGAUACCCGUAGGAAGGGGAGAAGAGGACCAGAAGCGUUACAUAAUACGCAAUGCAUCAACUGCAAGAGCCCAAUUAGGCGGUCUGAUUGUCGUCGGCGAGACGCGGCUACUGUACUACGACGACGCGGCCAAGAAAACCGUCGAGACUGGUCUCCCCGAGUCCUCCAUCUUUGUAGCUUGGGCAGAGUAUGAUGUCUCGCAUUACUACAUCGGUGACGAUUACGGAACCAUGUGGCUACUGGAGAUUCUCCUUGAUGGGGCAGUGGUAACCGGCUUGCAGAUGACCAAGGUCGGAACAACCUCGAGAGCAAGCUGCCUGGUCUACAUGGGGAACAAUGUCUUGUUCGUCGGUUCGCACUAUGGCGACUCGCAAGUUUUCCACGUUGAUCCGGAGACGAAAUCCCUAAGCUUAUCCCAGACGCUCGACAGUAUUGCCCCAAUAUUAGAUCUCAACGUGAUGGAUAUGGGUAAUCGCGAAGGGGAGGCACAGACGACCAACGAGUACUCGUCCGGCCAGGCGAGAAUCGUCACCGGCAGCGGCGUUCACAAAGACGGAAGCAUACGAAGCGUGCGAAGCGGAGUGGGAUUAGACGAUGUCGGCAUUCUGCCCGACCUCGGUGGCGUUCGAGCGCUAUUUCCGCUUAAAACUCUCGAGACAGCCAAGACGGAUACCUUGGUCGUGUCGUUUCUAACGGAAACCCGAAUAUUCACCUUCGCCCCCGACGGUGAAAUCGUGGAGGUGUCUUCGUUUAGGGGGAUGGUCUUUCAUGAGCAGACCCUGCUCGCACGGAACCUUCCCAAUGGCCGGCUCCUCCAAGUGACGACAAGUAGUGUACUGCUUGUAGAUUCCGAGAGCGGUGUCAUCGUCUCGACCUGGAAGCCUGCGGGGGGGCAGAUUACUAGCGUGUCUGCAAAUGACGGGUGGAUCCUUCUCUCUGUGGAUGGGAGGGUCCUCCUGUCGUUACAGAUACAACAGGACCUGGUGAGGGUCGGUUAUAAUGAUCUGGAAGAUAAGGAUGAAGUCGCUUGCCUCCAUUUGCCUCCGGAAUAUCACAGCAUUGGUGUGGUCGGAUUCUGGAAGUCGGGCACGAUCUCUAUCGUUAAUCUGACAACCUUGGAGUCCAUCCACGGGGAAAAUUUGCGACGCAAAGACGACCAUGCUUCGGUCCCGCGAGACAUUGCGCUCGCUCAGGUUCUCCGUCCUGAUCUGGGUGGUCCGACGUUAUUCGUAGCCAUGGAAGAUGGCUACGUUAUCACAUUCAACGUCUCAAAGACCAAUUUCUCCCUUUCUGGGCGGAAGAGCGUCGUCCUAGGGACGCGACAGGCCAGACUACAACUUCUACCCAAGGCCGACGGCAUCUAUAAUGUAUUCGCGACGAGCGAACAUCCCAGUUUAAUUUAUGCCGCCGAGGGCAGGAUGGUCUACUCCGCCGUCACGGCUGAUGACGCGACCUGCGUGUGUCCGUUCGACACCGAAGCAUUCCCGGAUUCUAUCGCCGUGGGCAGUGAGAAAGACCUGAAGAUAUGCCUCGUAGACACAGAACGGCGAACACACGUGCAAUCUUUACAUAUGGGUGAAACCGUUCGGCGCAUAGCGUACUCUCGCAGUGAGCAAGCCUUUGGCUUAGGAUGUUUCAGCCGACAGGUGAAAAACAAUGAGGAGAUUAUCACGAGCUCAUUUAGAUUGGCGGAUGAAGUUGUGUAUAAACAACUAGGAAACGACUUCCCUCUGGACAGCUCACCCACAGUUGAGAUAGUGGAAGCCGUGAUCCGGGCUGUUCUCACAGAUUCAUACGGAAACCCGGCCGAGAGAUUCCUCGUAGGCACGAGCUACCUAGACGACGCGCCUAGUUCCGCACCUCGCGAUGGCGUUAGAGGUCGCAUAUUAGUUUUUGGGGUGGACAGCGAAAGGGCGCCUUAUCUGGUUGGUAGCCGAGGUUUGAAGGGCGCGUGCAAAUGUCUUGCCGUGAUGGGCGGGAAGAUCGCUGCGGCUCUAGCAAAGACGGUUGUGAUGUACUCUUAUGUCGAGACGUCGUCGACAUCUGCCGAUAUAAGGAAGAUAGCUUCGUAUCGGCCAGCGACAUAUCCGACAGACCUGGCAGUUGAAGGCAACAUCAUCGCGGUCGCAGAUUUGAUGAAAUCUAUGACGUUGGUUGAGUAUCUCGCGCCGAAAGACGGCCAGCCGGCCAGGCUCGUCGAGGUAUCACGUCACUACCAGUCCGUCUGGGCUACAGCUAUAUGUCACGUCGAGGGGCAGUCGUGGCUGGAGUCGGACUCUCAAGGAAAUCUACUCGUGCUAAGGAGGAACGUGUCUGGGGUCACCGAGGGAGACAAGCGACGCAUGGAUGUUAUAAGUGAGAUUAAACUGGGAGAGAUGGUGAACAAGAUUCGGAAGGUGGAAGUCGAUGCUAGCGAGAAUGCCAUCGUCACUCCACGAGCAUUUCUCGGUACGACCGAAGGCGGCGUAUACCUUUUCGGGACUAUCGCGCCGGAUUACCAGGACCUGCUGAUCCGGUUCCAGAACAAGCUGGCUGACGUGGUGGAGACCACGGGUAACAUAUUGUUUUCGCGAUACCGAUCUUUCUGGAACGAAGAACGCGAGUCAGACGGGCCAUCCCGCUUCAUCGAUGGAGAGUUCCUCGAACGGUUCCUCGAUAUGGACGAGGAGAAGCAAGUGGAGGUCUGCGAAGGAUUGGGCCCCGACGUCGAAGCGAUGCGGAACCUAGUGGAAGAGCUAAAGCAGAUGCACUGAGGGGUUGUUCUCAGAGGGGACGGGGGAUUGGAGGAGCUUGCUUGUCCCGUCUCUUGAUAGCGAGAUCGACGGCAUUUGACGGAGCAGUGUAUUCCGGCGUAGGGAUUUCUCGUGCAUUACUUGUAGAGUAUGCGGCAGGUCACGACAGGUCCGGAAAUACCAACACUAAUGGCGGGGUUACGAAGAGCUGACCGCGUAGCUGAGAGAUGCCGGGACGGUACCUGAGAUAUGCACCAUGACACGGUGGACGCGGGUGGAUGGAUGGAUCAUCUAUCCUCGUAGCGGGCCUUAUGAGUGGACAGCCCGACG